AUGUCUCAAACAUACCAUCAUUCACCUAAUAUAAAGAGUGAAGAUGAUCAUCAUCAUCAUCAUCGUCACCACUAUGACAGUAAUACAAUUACAAGAGAAAAGAUAGAGACAUUGUUUCUAUUACGAAUGUUUGAUAAUGUUAUCAUUCAAUGUUUAACAUUAUUAAAUGGUAAUCAAUAUAUGGAUAUGGAAUCAAAUAACAACAAUAACGGUAGUGGUAACAAUACAACAACUAAAAAGAUUAAUUCAUUAUUAGAGAUGACUGAUGGAUUACAACAUUCAUGUGCAGAAUCAUCAUCUUCGUCAUCUUUAUUGGAUACAUGUCAAUGUCAAUGGAUAAUUGAAUUACUAGUACAAUCAUUAUAUGAAGUUGGUAGAUCAGAUGAUGCUAUUUCAUUAGUAUAUGGUUUCUAUUUCAAUUCUUUAUUACCUUUUAAUGUUUUAAUCUUAAUAACACAUUUAUUAGUUGAUAAUAAACAAUAUAAACAAUCAAAAUAUAUAAUAGAAGAAGCAUUGAAUAGAAGAAAGGUAGUUGGUAGUGAUUACUAUGAUCCAAACGAUGUCGAUGUUUUAACACAAGAUGGUUACGACCAAUUGGUGGAACUAUUAAUCUUUCAUGUAAUGUUUAGAAUGAAUGAAACUGAAGAGGCUAAAAACUACCUACUCUUGGGUAAUGCCUCUCAUCUGUCACCUCAUAAACUUCAAGGAUUUACACAAUCACUUCAAGAAAUGAUUCAAAUCAAAGAGAUUGAAGAAAAGAAUCAAAAGGAAUUACAAUUACUACAAGAAAAGGAAAAAGAAAAAGAAAAGCUUAGACAACAACAAUUACCAAAAUCUUCAUCUUCUUCACCUUCCAUUUCAAAUUCACCUUCAUUUUCAAAUUUAAACUCUGUAAAUAAUAAUAUUAAUAAUAAUAAUAAUGAAGAUCAAAAUAAUAAUAAUAAUAUAGAUAAUAGUCAAAGAAAAAUGACAAAUAGAGAAUUAUUGAAUCGAUUUAUUCAAGGUGGUACAAAAGAAAAGAUGGAAAUGAUGAUAACAUUAUUUAAAAAUUCAAUUGUAAAGACAAAGAGAGCGAUUGGAGAGACUGGUAGUUUGAUUGUACCAGAUAGAAAGCGAGUUCGAAAAAUGUUACCAUUAUUGAUUUGGAGUACAAUCAUCUUUUUCAGUAUAAGACAUUUGGUAAAAGUUUUAAAGGCAAGAAACAAACCUCUGCCUUUACCAAAUGGAUCGAAAAUCAAACCAACACAUAACAACAACAACGCAUCAUCAUUGGUAAAAAGAAGAAACCUAGGAUCAUCAUCAUCGAAUAGAUUUAAUCAAAAUAACAAUUCUCAAUUUGGUUCACCAUUUGGUAAUAUUUAUAGAUCAUUUAAGGAACUUAUAUCAUUAAUUGUUAAUUAUCGUUAUUAA